UUUUUAGAGAGAGAGAAAAUUGAAGUAAAAAAAUUUUAAAGUUCUGAUCUUUGCUUCCUCUGCUUCUGCUCUGUUCUGUUCUGUUUCUGUCGAUGGAGAGGCAGAAAUGCAAGCUCUGUGGUCGGAGUUUCGCCAAUGGCAAAGCUUUGGGGGGUCACAUGAAGGCCCAUCUCGUCACCCUUCCUUUACCCCCCAAGACCGGCGGCGGUGGCGGCGAUGAUGAUGAUGGUGGUGGUGGUGCUGAUUCUGCUUCGUCUUCGUCGUCGUCUUCUUCCGGGGAAGAGCGAGAACAGGAAAGCAAAAGUAGGGAAGUGGAAGAGAAAUCUUUGGUUUAUGGGUUGAGGGAGAAUCCCAAGAGAAGUUUCAGGUUUGUAGAUCCUGAGUUCUCUUUUGCGGUAGAUUCUGGGUCUGUCGUUCAAGACAGGGAGAGCGAGACCGAGUCGAGAAACCCGACGCGGAAACGAUCUAAAAGGAAUCGGAAACCGGUUGCUCCGGAGAGCCAGAAGCAGAAUUCUGAUGACAGGAAAAUGAAAACGAGGAAACCCAGUUGGGCCGAGUUCCCACCGGAGCCAGAACCACUGAGUUCUAUCUCCGACACUUCGCCGGAAGAAGAUGUUGCUAUGUGUCUGAUGAUGCUUUCAAGGGAUGUUUGGAAGGUCAAACAAGUUAAGAUGGAAGCUGCAGAGGCGGAGGAUGAAGAAGAACAAGAACCAAAACCAAAACCAGAACCAGCAGAAGCGAUCAAGUUCACCAAGAUUCGCGGGAGGUACCGGUGUGAGAAAUGCGACUUGUCGUUUCGAUCUCCCACCGCAUUGGGCAGCCACAAGAGAAUAUGCUCGGAACAGGGGAAAAAGACGAUCUUCCAAUGCCCGUACUGUGACAGGGUGUUCGGGUCGGGCCAAGCACUGGGUGGACACAAGAGAUCUCACAUGCUUCCAUCAAUCGCUGCAACUUCAACCCCACCGGAAAAGAGUCCGAUCGAUCUAAACUUACCAGCUCCGAUGGAAGACGAUGAGUUCAGCGUAUUAUCCGAUGCGUAAAUGAAGAAACCCAUCAAGCAUUUACAGAAUUCACAUGGAUCUGGAGCUGUGUUUUUUUCUUUUAUUUGUUUAUUUUUAACUGAACCUUACUGUAGCUAUUGAAAUUUUCAUCUUUCCUUUUUUGCGUAGAUUAAAUUAAAAUGUGUGUCAUUGUGAGUACUACUAACUGCAGUGGUUCUGAUUUUCUUGGAAGAAUUCUUUUCCGGGAAAAUGUUUCCCAAAUUCUGUUUGGGAUAUAUAUGGGUCAUGAACUCAUGACAGGGGACGGGAUCGAAUUUCAUUUCAUGUGUAUCCCAUGUCAGAUGAAAAAAAAGAAAAAAAAAAAAGGGAAUUUUUCUUAGGGGGGAUUUUUGUUUACUUGUGGACCAAGCAGUACUGAAGUCUGCUGCAAGUACUAAAGUGUUUCAAUUCUG